AGUCUCCGACGGUCUAGCUGAAAUUGCUCAGCCGGAGACCAGGAGCCAAUCGCAGGUGGGUGAGUCAGCGAGCCAGCCCGGAGCCGCAGAAGUGGCUGACAGCUGCUCUUAGGCAUCGAGGGAGGGCGGAGUGGCCGCCGAGGAUUGCUCUCUUGAGGAGACCCUCGGCCAGCGCCUUAUAUUCUACAUCUCUCUUAUCAUGCUGCCCUUUGGAGUGGGCAAUUCCUUAUUUUCCAGUUCCUUAUCCCUGGAGGAGGAGCUUUUCAACUACAUUGAUGAACAUCAGGAUGAAUUUGUUCAGAAACUUAAGGAAUGGGUGGCUGUAGAGAGUGAUUCUCAACAGCCCCGUCUGAGAGCAAAAGUCAUAGAAAUGGUCAAAAUAACUGCAGCCAGUCUUGAAGACUUAGGAGCUAUCGUGACACUCAAUGAUAUGGGCAUUCAACAGCUGUCUAAUGGUCAGAAUAUUCCAUUACCUCCAGUCAUUCUGGCAAAAUUUGGAGAGGAUCCACAGAAGCCAACUGUGUGUUUUUAUGGACAUGUGGAUGUGAUGCCAGCUAAAAGUCAAGAUGGAUGGAAAACCCAUCCUUUCAGUUUAACAGAAAUUGAUGGAAAUCUGUAUGGGCGUGGAGCAACUGAUAACAAAGGACCUGUCUUAGCCUGGAUAAAUGCUGUGAGCACAUUUAAAGCACUAAACAUAGAUUUACCAGUAAACAUCAAAUUUCUUAUUGAAGGCAUGGAAGAAGCAGGAUCCAUUGGACUGGAGAAAUUGGUUGGAAAAGAAAAUGAAAAAUUUUUUUCCAGUGUUGACUAUAUUGUGAUUUCAGAUAAUACUUGGCUUGCCAGAACAAAACCAGCUCUUACAUAUGGAGCUAGGGGAAAUGCCUGCUUCUCAGUGGAGGUAGAAGGUGGUGAAAAAGAUCUUCAUUCAGGAAGUGCAGGUGGCAUCAUCCAUGAGCCCAUGUCUGAUUUGCUAGCUCUACUUGACAAUCUUGUAAGUUCAUCUGGAUAUAUUCUGAUCCCUGGAAUAUAUGAUGAUGUGGCUCCAUUUUCAGAAGAGGAGAAAAAGCAGUAUGAGUUGAUAGAAUUUGAUGUGGAAGAACAUAAAUCAAAUCUUGGAGUGAAGGAAUUCCUUUAUGAUACCAAGGAGAAAAUACUCUCACAUAUGUGGCGCCUGCCAUCUCUCUCUAUUCAUGGGAUAGAGGGAGCUUUUUAUGAACCAGGUAUCAAGACGGUUAUACCAUCAAAAGUCAUAGGAAAGUUUUCAAUCCGGCAAGUCCCUCAUAUGGAUCUGUCUAAAGUAGAACAUCAGGUGAAAAAACAUUUAGAAGAUGUAUUCUCUAAUCGAAGAAGUCCAAAUAAACUGACAGUAUCUAUGCUAAUGGGUGCAGUGCCCUGGAUCGCCAAUAUCAAUGAUCCUCAGUAUACGGCUGCUAAAAAGGCAAUCAGGAAAGUUUUUAAUCAGGAUCCAGAUAUGAUCCGGGAUGGAUCAACAAUUCCAAUUGCCAGAGUGUUCCAGAAUAUAACAAAGAAGAGUGUGAUGAUGCUUCCAAUUGGUGCAAUGGAUGAUGGGGAACAUUCCCAGAAAGAGAAAAUAAGCAGAUUUAACUAUAUCAAUGGAACGAAGAUGUUUGCCUCCUUUUUACUGGAGAUUUCAAAACUUCAGGCUUCCAACUGGAAACAGUAAUGAUGAUCCAUAAAACUACAGCCUUAGUAUUUUCAUUUAUUUCUUAUGUUGAGUUGCAGUUCCCAAUGCACAUGGUGAUGCUGUAUGAACUCUUCCAGAAAUAUAUUUUCAGACUUACAAAUUCUUAUAAUAUGUAGCUAAGUAUUUCUUUCUCAUUUGCUUUUUGCCCCUUAAAUGUAUGUAUUUCAGUAAGAGAAAGGCUGGAUUCACACAUUAUACUAUUUAUUGAAUGAGCCGGUGGAUGAGUUCAUAUAAACCCAGGAAUGGGCAUCCUGCAAGCUCUAUAUGGUGCCUUAUAUUGUAUUUGUGUAAUCUGUAAGUAUCCACCAAAUUUGUGGCAAGAUGGUUGAAAAAAUCAGCAUUUUUUAGAAAUUAAAAAUGACAAAUAAUGUUGGGAAUGGGAUCACAAAGAUUCUAGCAGAUGAAACAGCUAGUUUGGUGACCAUGUUGUGCCCAAGUCCUGCUGCUCAAUUCUCUAUUUGUAUUUUUUAAAACACUGGUAAGGCUAAAUAGUGCAUAUAAAUAUUAUCAAUAUUAUUCAAUGUUCAGACUACUGUUUCGCUAGCAUAUUUAUCUCCCAUGUGGGGAGUACAACUAUUCUCAAGCACAAUAGCCUAUUAGAUUCUAUCUGAAAUAAUCUAUUAGAUUAUAUCCACUGCAUUUUUAGUUUGAGCUCAAUUAUUUUCUAAACAGUAUUGCUACCAAUAAUAGAUUUUAAUUCUGUCAUAAUAUUGUGUUGAGUGAACUGUACCAAAAAUGAUUUCAGCAAUACCAAUGAAAUGGCUUUGUUGCUUGUGGUAGAAACUAAGCCAUUUUAGGAGUGCAGUGCUCACAUGGUUAGGAUGCUGGGUUGAUGAUCAGCAAGCCUGUGUUUGAGACCCAACUGCUGCUGUGUGGUGGGGUGUCAUUUGCUUCAGCUCCUGCCAACCUAACAAUUCAAAGUGAGCGAUUGUGAGUUGAUAGGUAUCACUUCAGUGGGCACAUUAGGGAAACAAAAAAGGAACUCCUAACUGGGCAUCCCCUGGGCAAAGCUAAUCACCACCUGUCACAGGCUAAUCCUUUCAACCUGGAAGGGCCUGAGGUGCUUCCAACAUGAAUACAAUGACAAGCCAUUUUAAGAAUUUUGGAGUAGCUUUGAAAAGUAAUUACAACAUUGAAUUUGUUUUAAAAAAGAGAAACUAAAGAGUCUCACACCUCUUUAUCUUUAAUAAACCAAGUUGAAUGUUACAAAAUGGUAUGCAAAAAUCUGAGCUAAUUGAGAAUUCUAUUAUGCAAGAGAGCUGAUCUGAUCUUUUUCUGGAUUUCAGUUUUUAACUUUUUUAGCAUAUAAAAUCAUUUUGUAAUUUGGCAAUACACAUACACGCAUUUUUCUUUCUCCUAUUUUUAUUUUGUUGCUUGCUAAAAGGUAUACUAUUUUUUUUUAAAAAAAACCUGAUAUUAUACACAUUUUAGUUAUUUUUACAAAACUUACAUCCUUCUAAAAAACAAAUGGAUGGUAUAAUCUUAAAAAAAGGAUCAAUCAACAGUGACAAUAUAAUUUGUAUUUUUAUUUUAAAAGACCUAUGCAAAUUCCGAUAGUCUGCUAGAGAUUAAAAACUGAUCUCAUCAUUUGGACCAAAGAGAUCUAGGCACCACUGAGAUAGUUAUGUUUAAAAUAAUUUCUCAUUUUCCUGGGAUGGUUAUUAUAUUUUGGGGUUUUAAUUUACAAUAAUUAUGGGAAAGUAAGUGACUGAAAAAUAGGCAGUGGUUUGCAAUUCCCAAGUUCUUGAGAUAAAAAGCUGGGAUUAAUAUAUUUAGUUUAUUAUUAUAUAUUAUAUAUUCAUCUAAAUCAAAAGAAAAUAUAUUUUGAUAUUUACUGUCAAAACAGGAACCGUCUAUUGCUAAUUUAUGUUUAAUUUUAAAAAUCAUUUUUGUAAAGUAUUUACAAAAUUAAAGAUGCAAGUAAUUUUAA